AUGAAUACACCUUUACUAAAACGUAAUCGAACAACAAGUUCACAAGGCUCAGUAAGAGAAGAAGAGCAGUAUGGCACAUAUUACAGAUAUCCUAGUUCAUUACAACCUGGCCAUUUCACCUCAUUAGAAAAACUAUUUUUCUUUAUCAGUUCCGUUCUUUUAUUUUUACUAUUUAUCUUUGUUGGCCUUUAUGCAAGAAGUAGUACUGGACAUGACUCACCAGUGAUCAUUUCACCGCCUAAACAUUCCAACCAGACAAAACAGAUUGUCUGUUUAGAACCCGACUGUAUCAAAACAGCAGCCAGCAUCUUGGAGGACGUUGAUACAGCAUUAGAUCCAUGUCAAGAUUUCUAUGCCUACACAUGUAAUAAAUGGAUAGAUCGCCACAUCAUACCUGCAACACAACCCAUGAUCAGUAUUGAAACGAUCACAGCGCAAUCAAUCCGCUAUCGACUUUCCCAAAUCUUGACAAACAAGAAGGAAAUAAAGACAAGCGACUUACCUGACCCAGAGUCAAUUCUGGAUGAUCAGCUGUUGAACAAGCUACGCGACAUGUACAAGAGCUGUGUAAAUCAUAAAGAAGGACAGAUCGAGGCACUUUACCCGCUCUUCCGUGCUAUUCGACAGUGGGUCCCUCUUUCGGGACAAACGGACGAAGGACUGAAGGCAGCUUUGACCUAUUUGACCGAGCGAGGCAUAUGGACUCUGUUUGAAAUGAAGGUAGGACCUGAUGUAAGAACCAAGAAGCCCGCACUACAUCUGUUGCCACCACCUGUGAAUGAGUACAGUGAGAAAUAUUUACAGACCGUAGUCGAUAUCUUGGAGCUCGUCUUUCGUCAGGACCGUGAAUUUGGAUGGAGGUCAUGGAGUCCUGUGGCAACAGCACGUCGUAUUAUCGAAUUUGAACAGCAGUGGAUCGUGCCUGACGACAAAAAGGAGCAAUGGACGUGGCAGGCCAUACAGAACGAGGUGCCCUUUGUGGAGUGGAGAUCCUUGGGUCGUCAGAUUGUUGCUCAGCCUUCUCUUGUUAAUGCGAUAAAAGAGAAUGUCCGAGGGACAAACGGAAGAACCCUACAGAUGUACUUGAUCUGGCGUAUCCUCUGGACGUUCCUGGAUACGGUCGGAUACCCCUAUGCAGAGCCUAAGCGCAGAUUUGAGGCAGAAGCACUUGGUAUUCGAGCCAUACCUGAGCGAUGGGAGUCAUGUUUGACCACAUUAGAGGACAGUAGUAUGGGUCUUUUGCUCGGUCGAUAUUAUAUGCUCGACAGAAGGGAACUACCCAUCGAACCUGUGCAGAAUUUGAUCAAGUCCAUUGUCCGCAAAGUAGAAGAUCGGCUACAAUCGGAAGAAGCCGUCCGAAAAUUAAAAAGCUUGCAGUUCGAGAUAGGUUACCCUUCUAUGAUUCGAUCGGUGAUCCCACUUUCAGAAUCCUUUGGUGAUAUGGCAAUAGAUGACCAAGAUUUCCUUCAAAACAUGAUGAACGAUGGAAUGCACCGUGUGAAAGAGAUGGAAAGACAAGUUCAACUGGAUGAGCUCAUAUCCGUGUUUCUUCCCACAAGGACAAGCAUAGAUUACCGCUCAGAUUAUCAUCAGGUGAUCAUUCCGGCAGGUGUCUUACAAUUUCCUUUUAAUGGACAACACAGUCCCGACUACGUAUCGCAGAGUACGCUCGGGUGGAUGAUUGGUCAGGCAAUGAUGCAUGCAUUGAGCGAUAAAAACACGAGUAGUAGUGAAGCUGAAUCGUGUUUGAAGACACAAUAUGAGUCCUUUGGAUUGGAUGGUGAAGAAACAUUAAAAAGUAAUAUGGCAGAUAAUAAAGCAUUCAUUAUGGAUGACAUCGUAUCUAAUGUGACCUUGCCUGGACUCGAUCGGUGGACUAGGGAACAAUUGUUUUACAUUCAAUUUGCUCGAAUGAGAUGUAGUAAGAGUACAAAGGAAUAUGAUGCCUUUCAAAGAGAUCAAUCACCCGAUAGAUACCGAGUGAAUGUACCAUUGAUGAACUCGCAUCAUUUUUCAAAAGCAUUUCAGUGUAGAUUAGGAUCAUUUAUGAACCCUGAACACAAGUGUCAAGUUUGGUAA